AUGGCAUCUUCUCUCUCACCGGCGUCUGCGAAGUCGCCUCGCACAAGGGGCGUGUCUGCCAUGCACUUCAAGAGUGCGACUACCGGUGUUGCGACCAAGACGAUGCGCAAUGAGCUCAACAGGCUCGUCCAGACUGUCCACGAUCCCAACCAGAAGAGGGCUUUCGAUAUCGAGAUGCAAUCAUUCUUCUAUCUGUUCACCCGCUACCUGGCAGAGAAGGCUCAAAGCCAGGAGCUCGACUGGGAUCGUAUCAAGUCUCCUGCUGCCGACCAGAUCGUGCCUUAUGAUAACCUCCCAGAAGUCAAGGAUACCCAGGCCUUCAACAAACUUGCUGUUUUGAAGGUCAACGGAGGUCUUGGAACUUCGAUGGGUAUGACUGGUGCGAAGAGUGCGCUCGAGGUCAAGGACGACAUGACCUUCCUCGACCUUACCGUCCGCCAGAUCGAACACCUCAACACCACUCACCGUGUUGACGUUCCCCUCAUCCUCAUGACCUCCUUCAACACACACGAAGAUACCCUCCGCAUCAUCAAGAAGUAUGCCAACCAGCAACUUCGCAUCACCACCUUCAACCAAUCGCGCUACCCUCGUAUCCUCAAGGAGACACUUCUUCCUUGCCCCCCGAGUGCCGAUUCUGACAAGAAGGACUGGUACCCUCCCGGCCACGGUGACUUGUACAACGCCCUCCUCCAUUCCGGCGUCCUCGACCAGUUGAUCUCGGAAGGCAAGGAGUAUCUCUUCGUCUCCAACUCGGAUAACCUGGGCGCCGUCGUCGACCAGAGGAUCCUUCAGCAUAUGAUUGACAGCGGUGCAGAGUUCUUGAUGGAAGUCACCGACAAGACCAAGGCCGACGUUAAGGGUGGUACUUUGAUCGACUACGAGGGCCAGGUUCGUCUUCUCGAAAUCGCACAGGUGCCUUCAGAGCACGUGGAAGACUUCAAGUCCAUCCGCAAGUUCAAGAUCUUCAACACCAACAACAUCUGGAUCAACUUGAAGGCUCUCAAGCGCAUCAUGGACACGGAGGGCAUGGAGCUCGAGAUCAUCAUUAACCCCAAACAGACUGACGAUGGGAAGUCCGUCAUCCAGCUCGAGACCGCCGCUGGUGCCGCCAUCAAGCACUUCAACAAUGCACAUGGUGUCAACGUUCCUCGUAACCGCUUCCUCCCCGUCAAGAGCUGCUCCGACUUGUUGCUCAUCAAGAGCGACAUUUACUCCCUUGAGCACGGUCAGUUGGUCAUCAAUGAGCAGAGGAUGUUCGAGAGCACGCCCGUCAUCAAGCUCGGAGACCACUUCAAGAAGAUUCAACAAUUCCAGAAGCGUUUCAAGAAGAUCCCCAAGAUCAUCGAGCUCGACCAUCUCACUGUCACCGGUGACGUUUACUUUGGCCGCAAUGUUACUCUGCGUGGCACCGUCAUCGUCGUCGCCAACGAGGGUCAAAGGAUCGACAUCCCUGACGGUUGCAUUCUGGAAAACCGCUUGCUCUCCGGCAACUUGACCAUGACCGACCUCUAA